AGACCCAUUUGAGAGAGUCUCUCCUCGCACAUGAAUAUGUAAUUUGGUUCGGAUUUGAAUAGAAGGAUGCGACAAAAAGCCUCAAGUGGCCAUUGAAGAGCUUCUUUGUGGUGUGGGUGCUAUAUGAAAAGAAUCAAAAUUAAGUGGAAAGUUUCCCAGCUCAUAAGUGACUUGUGUCAAAGCGCUGCGCCAAAGAAAAGCCUAAUUCAAAUGCGGCAUAAACCUUUUUCGCCAUGACAACAUAUUAAAUGGGACUUAAGUCGUAAACAAUGCGGUUUUAAGGCCAUUCGCCACACCCUCGACGAGUGGUCGCUGAAAAGUUUAAGCGAUUAGCGCAAUUUAGCGAAAAUAACAUGCGAAAUUGCGCGCUUGAACGCCUCUUCAAUGGCACUCAGAUACAAAAGCAGCCACAGUUGCAGAUAGUGCACAACAGGGAAUCCCGCUGAGCUGAGCCGCAUUUUGAGCGCACUUAAUGUGGGAAAAUCGUCGUCACUUGUCAGUACACGCCCACCUCGAACAACCCCUGAUUCCCAUCAAAGUGUUAAAACCCAAUGAGCCCAUUGCACACACAAUUGUUGCCAAUCUGGAGAUACUCUCAUCUCCAGAAGCGGAUUGCCCAUGCUAAUCGUCAGAUGCGUAAAACUCAAUGAACACUCAAGUGCCCGGGGUCCCAAAGCAGCUAAGAGGCUACUGAAAAAGAAAAAAAAACAAACAGACAGACUACCAAGAUCGCGAACUCAUAAUCCUUUCAAUCCGAUCAUGAGAAACCGGGAUGGUAACCCUUUGUGGCAUUCAGGACCCGACCUUUUGGAACCUACGCGUGCAGCCUCCGCAAAAAUUCCUUUGUGGACCAUUUAGUGAGUGCGGUUCUCCGGGUGUUUGGCCCAUUUGUGUCGGGGUUUGCCAUUCGCAACUCACAACUCGCAACUGAAACUCGACAAAUUAGGCCACUCAGCUUCCACGGACCUUUGUUCGCCUUUUAUCCUUUUUUCGGAUGCUUUGUUUGCCCUUACUUCUUAAUGCCCAAGAUCAUAAUGUUUGCGUCGAAGGGUUGAUCUUGUUGAUCUCGUUUUUUAC